ACCACAAGGCGUUCUUCGCUUAGACCGCGGUGGCCUGUUAGCGCGCCUGGCAAAUUCUGCCUAAAAAGAAGUUUGUAUUGACAUUUUAUGAAAAAUGCGCCCAAAUAACGAGCUAAAUAACCCAUUACAACCCUCGUAAAUACCUUACAAAACAAGUUAAGGCAUACUAGAUAGUAUUUAAAAGGUUCAUGUGCAAUGAGAAAUCGUUUUCGUCCAAAUGUGACGCCUCGAAGCAGUCGACGCUCGGGUCCUGACAGGACAAUUUCAACUUCUUCAACUUCUUGUCCUUCGGUUUCUGAACCCGAACAACCUCAAAGAGGAGAAGAAACCGCCGUUUUUAUUCCUCCAAACAGUUCUAGAGCUUUAGUAAACACAGAAUGUCCAGAAGUGGUUUUGAGUGCUGUAGAAGUGACAAGCACUGUUCAAGAACCAGAUGAAUCCAUACCAAAAGCAACAACUACAGAAAUAGCUAAAACUACAGCAAAGACAAGGAGACCUCGAAUCAAACCAAGUGUAAAACCAACUGCAAGAGCAAGGAAGAAACCACCAACUGAUGCACCAAAAACAGUUCUUCAAGAAGCAAAUGAAUCAGCGUCAGCUGCAGCAGAAAUUGAAGAGGUUGUUGCUACUACUACAACAAGUACAACAGUGGACACUGCUCCUUCUAUAGAUACCAGUACAAUAAAUGCCAACAAUAAACAGCAACCUAAACCAAAACCUCAGUCAAACACACAGGCUGAAACAUCAACUGAAAUUUCCAAACAAACUGAGAGCUCCGUCAGUACUUCAGAAGGGAAUCAAUCUUCUGUUGGGUCUUCACUCACUCGGCGGAAGAGGGCUAUACCUAAUGUUGGUGCUGCAGCAAGAAGAAGRUCAUCAGUAUCAGUACCUAAGGAGAGCACACCUGAUAACAGAGCAAGCCAGCCUGAAUCAUCAGUUAGCCAACUGAUUCAAGAGGUCUCUGAUAAGGCUUUACCUGAAAAUGAUGAAGUAGAAGAGAGAAGUAACAAACGGCCCAGAACAGCUUCAGAACCACCACUAGACAAUAUCCUUGGAGUAGCAGAAGUAAUAGUUGAGUCAGUUACGGCUACAGAAACACAACCUGUAGAGGAACAGGUUAUCGAAGAAGAUGAGGAAGAGGCAACUAAUAAAAGGGUUGAAGAGAAAAAGAGGAAACCAAGACAUUCAAGACCCAAGGAACCUUUAGAUCCAAGCAAGAUGACUUUACAAGACUUGAUAUACUUUAACCCAAAGGACAACCCAAUGAAAUCAAGUGUGGAUGCCAAAAGGAGAAAAAUAGGAAACAAAAGAAAACCAAGUCAAUCAAAUGAAAGUGAAAAUGGGGAUGCCAAUGCAAUUGAAGUCGACGGUCAAGAUGCUACAGACCAAGCCAGCACAACAACAGAACAAACUGCAGAACCAUCAACAGACACUCCGACACCUCAGGAGGGAGAUGAGGAUAGAGUACAUGCUCCUCAAGUGAAGAUUGGUGCUGAUGGUUGUAUUAUCUUAGAUGAAGAAAGCCUUCUAAUAAAGUCACCACCAAACUCCACCCUACAAGAGAGAGAUAUUGUGUAUGAAGACUCUAAUAACCUGAACUAUGCUGCGUUCUUUAAGCAGCCCAAAAGAACAAAGUGGUCAAUGCCAGAGACACUGAAAUUCUACAAGGCAUUGAGUCAAGUUGGAACAGAUUUCAGCUUAAUGAUGCCUUUAUUUCCUAAACGUAGACGAAGGGAAUUAAAAGCGAAGUUUAAAAGGGAAGAAAAAGUGCACCAAGAUCUUGUGGACAGGGCACUAGUGCAUCGCACCCCAAUCACAAUAGAAAUGUUUCAACGUCCUGAUAAACCAGAAGAAGAUAUUCUUGAUGACGAUGACAGUAACAUAAGUACUGCUAAAUAAUAUAAAUAUUUAUUUAAUAGGAGAAAUUAUCAUGGGUGGA